AUGGACGAUGCGAACGGCGAUGCGCCUCUUGGAAAAUGGGCGCAGCGCCAGGAAGCGCGGCGCAAUAUGUACGCCACUAGCACAGAGAACGUGCGUGUACAUCGCCGCGGUUUGGGGGCAUCAUCAGCUUCUAGUGCCGCGGCCAUGUGCCAGAAAUGUCUUCGAGCCGGCCACUGGACCUACGAAUGCAAGAAUGAGGCUGUGUAUGUUCAGCGGCCGUCACGCUCCCAACAGCUGAAGAAUCCAAAGCUGCGUCAACCAUUUAACAAGGACAAACCCCCAGAGCUACAGGAUGAGGAGAAGAAGAUGUUAAUGGAUGAGGAAAGCAAAAAGUUGAAGCAUAAGGACAAAGUCAAAGCUAAAAAGAAGAAGACAAACAUACAACGCAAGCGCCGCCGCAGUGUCAGCAGUAGCAGCAGUAGUAGUGAGUCGUCUUCAUCUAGCUCGGAAAGUUCCGACUCGAACUCGUCUGAUUCGUCAAGUUCCUCCUCGGAUUCGUCCGGUAGCGAAAGCGACAGCUCUUCGUCCUCGUCAGACAGUGACCGCAGUUCGCGGAGAAAACACCGUAUGAAGCGUCAACGAAACGAUUAG